GUCAAUACCGAUAAAUCCGGAGGUUCCAAAGUUUCAAUGAACAGAGGCAAUGGAUUCCACAAAGGAAACCUACAAUCCCAAUCCAAGGGACAGUUCCAAUAUAUUCUCAAUAUUAUUUUUUGGGUUUGGCUAAAUUAGCCUUUAGAUUUAAGUGUUAUAGUUCGUAAAGAGAACGAUUAAUAAUAAUUAGAACACAUCGAUACCAAUAUUUAAUGUGGAAAUUUGUGGCAGCCUGGAUGGAUAUUUUAUUAAUAUAUAGAUGCAGUUCCAGGGAAGACGGAUAAAUUCUAUUGUCUAAUGUAGUAGUAAUUCAAUAAAAUAAGAAAUCAAAACAAGCUAUGAUUUUAAAGAAGUCGUCGUAUUUUUGAUUUUACAGGUUCACGUAUCCCAUAUUCAAGAAGGGCAUGAAGAAAGACUUUGACGUGGAAGAUUUGUAUAACCCAUUGAAAAAUGACAGAAGUACUCUUUUGGGAGAUAAGUUAGAAAGGAAUUGGGACAAACAAAAACUUAAACCAAAAGGCAAACCCAGUCUCCUCCGAGCAGUAGCAAUUACAUAUUGGUACGAAUAUCUACGAUUAGGGUUCCUCACAUUGAUAGGAGAUGUUUUUAUUCGAGUAAGCCAACCUUACGUUUUGGGUUUGUUGCUCACCUAUUACAACCCAGAUUCCAAAACCACCAAGGAACAAGCUCUAGGGUACGCUGGGAUGAUAGUUACUUUUAAUACUCUAACGUCGUUUAUAAAGAAUCAGUAUAUGAUGAAUUCUAUGCACGCUGGUAUGCGAGUAAGGACUUCGGUGUGUGCUCUUAUUUAUAGAAAGGCUAUCAAAUUAAGCACUACUGCCCUCGGCAAAAGUUCAGUAGGGAAGAUUGUUAAUCUUCUUUCGAACGAUGUAAGCAGAUUCGAUUCAGCCUCGAUGUUACUGCACCAAAUGUGGGUUGGACCAGUUUCUGCAAUAAUAAUUAUGUAUAUCAUUUUUCAAGAUAUUGGAUGGUCCGGAGCAACUGGAGUUGUUACCAUUGUUACAAUUAUGCCCAUGCAAGCGUAUAUUGGCAAAUUAUCAGCAAAAUAUAGAAGAAUAAUCGCUGGUAAAACAGAUGAAAGAAUAAGACUGAUGAACGAGGUCAUAGGGGGCAUUCAGGUGAUUAAGAUGUAUGCGUGGGAAAUACCGUUUACAAAAUUAAUCAGCCUUGCACGAAAAGCUGAAAUUAAUGUUAUUAGAAGAAGCGCGUACAUAAGAGGUGUAUUUAUGGCUUUCAAUUUAUUCAACAAUAGAUUUGCUUUGUUUGCAACUUUGGCUACGAUGGUAUUUACUAACAAAGCUAUCACGGCAGCAAGAGUGUACGUUUUUAUGUCAUAUUACCAAAUCCUAGCUAACACACUAGCUGGAGUAUUCGUCAAUGGUCUUACACAGAUUGCUGAACUUCUAGUUUCCAUUAACAGAAUCGAAGAGUUUCUCGAAAAUGAAGAACACAAAGAAUUACCUGCCCUAAAAAGAUCUGUAAUCUCGAACGUCAAUGAAGAGAUGGUAGCUUGUAAGAAUAUGGUUGCGUCUUGGAAUGAAAACUCACUUGAUCCUGUUUUGAAAAACCUAAAUUUUAAACUUGGAAAAAAUACUCUACUUGGUGUUAUUGGUCCUGUUGGCAGUGGGAAAAGUUCAUUGCUACAGUCUAUUUUGGGUGAACUUGAUAUAGUUGACGGAAGCCUAGCCGUCCACGGCACACUCUCCUACGCCUCCCAAGAACCUUGGAUCUUUUCCGGCAGUAUUAGGCAAAACAUUCUUUUUGGUUCCGACUUUGACAAAGCCCGCUAUGAUGAAGUAUUAAAAGUAUGCGAACUCAGAAAAGAUUUUGACCAAUUCCCCGACCGAGAUUUCACUCUGAUAGGAGAGAAAGGCGCCAAUCUCAGUGGUGGUCAAAAAGCUAGGAUUAAUCUAGCUCGUGCUAUUUACAAAGAUGCUGAUAUAUAUUUACUGGAUGAUCCACUUUCUGCCGUUGACAGUAUUGUUUCCAAAGUAUUAUAUGAAGACUGCAUUAAUGGAUUUUUAGCUAAGAAAGCAAGAAUAUUAGUAACCCAUCAAGUUUAUUAUUUAAAAACUGCUGAUCACAUUCUCGUUCUCAAUAAUGGAGGCAUCGAAAUUGAAGGCACCUAUUCAGAACUACUAAAAAGCGACAACCCUCUCACUGUCCACUUAACCGAAGAAAUCGAAGAAAUUUUAAAACGUCAAAAGUCUCAAGAUUCUGCUAUAGAAGAACAGGAAGCUAAGACUAUGAGCACGAUGGAUCUUUCCAAAAUGAAUGGAAAAAUGAAAGCCAUUGUCAAAGAAAUGCAAGAAGAAACAUCUAAAGGAAAAGUUAAAGGUUCCUUAUUCCUCGAAUUCUUUAAGUCGGGCAUGAGCAUCUGCGAAAUAAUAUUUUUAGUUACUCUUCUUACUAUAGCUCAAGCCAGCGCCACUGUUAUAGAUUGGUUCAUUAGUUUCUGGACGAAUAUCGAAGAGUACCAGAUGACAUUGAACUCUACCGCAGCUAAUGUAUUAAACUCUACCGUAGUUGAUGCAUUAAACUCUACCGCAGUUGAUGCGAUAAACUCUACCGCAGUUGAUGUGUUAAAUUCUACCACUGUGAAUGCAUUAAACUCUACUGUAGUUGAUGAAAGUGUGCCCUUUUACAUGAAUUGGAGUAGCCAAACUUGUUUGAUAAUUUAUGGUGCAAUUUUAGUCUUUUGCUUGGUUACAACGUUAUCCAGGUCACUUAGUUUUUACAGAUUUAUUCUAAAUUGUUCUGAGAAUUUACACGGCAUGUUGUUCACUGGAGUAACUAAUACAUAUAUGAGAUUUUUUGAUAAAAAUCCAAGUGGAAGAAUCUUGAAUCGGUUUUCAAAGGAUAUUGGUUCUGUAGAUGAAAUCUUGCCAAGGAUGUUAUUCGAAGCUUCUAGGGUCACCCUCAAAAUGCUUGGACACUUGGUAUUAGUCCUUUACGUAAACCCGGCAUCAGUUAUCGUUGUAAUAAUAUUGGGAAUUUUGUUUUCCUUUAUUAGGAUAGUCUAUCUUCGAUCAUCCAACAAUAUUAAGCGGCUCGAGGGAAGAAUGAAAAGUCCAGUCUUUAGUCAUCUGACAGCUACAUUGGAAGGACUCACCACCAUAAGAGCCUUUAAAGCUCAAAACAUCCUUAGAGCAGAAUUCGACAAGCACCAAGAUAGCCACACCAGUGCUUGGUUCAUGUUUAUUAGUACCAGUUCUGCGUUUGGAUUUUCAUUGGAUGUCAUCUGUUUGAUGUUCAUUGGAUCGUUAACCUUCAGUUUGAUUGGGCUGGGUGAAUAUUUUAAUUUAACCGGUGGUGACGUGGGUCUAGCUAUUAAUCAAGCUUCGUCGCUUACUCAAAACAUACAAUUUCUGGUUCGUUUCUCUGCUGAUAUCUCCAAUCAACUAAUGUCAGUGGAAAGAAUUUUAGAAUAUAAAGAAUUGAUACCAGAACAGCAACCGGAAAAACUACUGUUACCUCCAAAAAGUUGGCCGGAUAAAGGGAUUGUUAAUAUAGAACAUUUAAAUAUGAAAUAUAUAGAUGAUGGUCCCACUAUUCUAAAAGAUGUCAGUGUUAAGAUUAAUCCAAAAGAAAAGAUUGGUAUUGUGGGCAGAACUGGAGCAGGAAAAUCUUCAUUAAUAUCAGCCAUAUUCCGAUUGACUCCUCUAGAAGGUAAAAUCUACAUUGACGAUAUCAAUACCAAAGACAUAACACUAAAACAGCUAAGAUCUAAAGUUUCAAUUAUACCCCAAGAUCCCAUCUUGUUCUCCGGCACCUUGAGAUAUAAUCUAGAUCCUUUUGAUGAAUACAGCGAUGAAACUUUGUACAGAGCCUUGAACGAAGUCGAAUUAAAGGAUCCGAGCAACAUUAUUAAUCGUUUGGAAAACAGGGUUAUGGACAGAGGAUCAAACUAUAGUGUUGGGCAGAGGCAGCUAAUAUGUUUGGCGAGAGCUAUUAUAAGAAAUAAUAAGAUUUUGGUCUUGGAUGAAGCUACUGCAAACGUGGAUCCACAGACUGAUGCUCUAAUCCAAAGGACUAUUAGAGAAAAGUUCGCAGAUUGUACAGUUUUAACAGUGGCCCAUCGGUUGAACACAAUCAUCGACAAUGACCGAAUAUUGGUGCUUGAAGCAGGAGAAAUUGUCGAAUUUGACCAUCCGUACUUAUUAUUACAGAACAAAUUUGGAGUAUUCAGAAAGAUGGUGGAAGAAACUGGAACAGCUAUGCUCAGACAGUUUUUGGAAACUUCCAGUCAGAAUUAUCAAAAAUUAAUUGAUUAAGUGAUCUGUUAAGUUCCUGUAUUGUACUUGUAUUAUUUUUUUAUAAGCAGAAAGUGUGAUUUUUAUUUAAAUUAAGCUGGAAAUAAAAUCGAAUUUGUCUAA